AUCUAUUAUUUUUCGGCAAGCUACCACCAAGAACACCGGUCGGACAUGUUUAAAGUGACGGACUGACUUCCGCUCCCGCGAGGGAUCAAACUGUCGCGAGAUCCUGAUCCGCUUCCUCUUCGCACGGAACCCGCUUCCAAGAUGUCUCUGGUCAUCCCCGAGAAGUUCCAGCACAUUCUUCGUGUUCUCAACACGAACAUCGAUGGUCGGAGGAAGAUCGCCUUCGCCAUCACUGCCAUCAAGGGUGUUGGCAGACGUUACGCUCAUGUCGUCCUGAGGAAGGCCGACAUCGACCUCAGUAAGAGGGCCGGAGAGCUGACGGAGGAGGAGGUGGAGCGGGUGGUGACCAUCAUGCAGAAUCCUCGCCAGUACAAAAUCCCCGACUGGUUCCUGAACAGACAGAAAGACGUGAAGGAUGGAAAGUACAGUCAGGUUCUGGCCAACGGUCUGGACAACAAGCUGAGAGAAGAUCUGGAGCGGCUGAAGAAGAUCAGGGCUCAUCGUGGUCUCAGGCACUUCUGGGGUCUGCGUGUGCGUGGUCAACACACCAAGACCACCGGUCGUCGUGGUCGCACUGUGGGCGUGUCCAAGAAGAAGUAAAGUCGCCUGCUUCCCCUCGUUUGAAUAAAAAAACAAGUUCACACAAA